CCCCAGGCCCCAAUAAUAGCCAAGCGCAUAAACACAAGAGGGAUGCAGCAGCCAAAGCAGGAGCAGUAAGAUUCACUUGUAAAUUUUGGAUUAUCUAAGAAGCAAGGAUGGGCGAUUUGAUAAGCACCUUACCGGAGGAACUGAUAUGCCACAUACUCUCUUUUCUCCCAACCCUGGAAGCAGUUCGCACUUGCGUCCUCUCCAAGAGAUGGAAGACACUGUGGCGUUCAGUUCUCACUCUCUACUUCGACGACUCUCUUACAUAUAAAAAAGAGGAACAUGCUCGUUUUGUUCAGUCCGUGUCUGCAGCCAUCUUCUCCCAAGAUCAACGUCAACCUAUCCACAAAUUUCGCCUCAAGACUUACUCUAAUCCUGCCACUGUCACUGUUUGGGUUCAUGCUGCUGUGCAACUUAGAGUUCAACACCUCGAUCUCUCCCUCUCUUCUCAGUAUGUUCAACACCCACCUAACUUGUCUUCCAUCUUCACUUGCAAAACUCUCCUGGUUCUUAAGUUGCAGGGCACCAAGUUGGAACCUAUUUCCUCUGUUGAUUUACCUUUCCUUAAACACCUCCAUCUACAAGAUUUGAGGUUCUCAAAACGUGCAUGUCUCGCCGAGCUUCUUUCUGGAUGUCCACUUCUUGAGGAUUUUAAAGCAAAACGUUUAGAUUUUCAUGAAGAUGUCACUGACAGAGAGUUUAAGACCUUACCCAACUUGCUCAGAGCAAAAAUUUCUGCCAGAACUGAUGUUUUUUUGCUUGGAGUGGUUAGCAAUGUCAAGUUUUUGCACAUAGAUGAGAUUUUCUUUAGGUUUGGUGAAGGCACAAGACCCUAUAUUUUCCCUAUGUUUCACAAUUUAACCCAUCUUGAGCUUGAAUAUAGAUGUUAUAAUGAUAAUUGGUCUCAGGUGGUGGAAUUGCUCCAGCAUUGCCCCAAGCUUCAAGUUCUUGUCACUAACCAGCCAUAUUUUCAUCAGACUAAGAUGAAUGGAAUCAAUGAAGAAGUAGGUGAUUGGCAAUAUCGACGAUCAGAUCCUGAAUGCAUUUUGUUACACCUUAAAAGAUGCUAUCUAAAUGAUUAUAGAGGCACUAGCGGUGAGUUUCAAUUUGCAACAUAUAUAAUGGGGAAUGGAAGAGUUUUAGAGAAGAUGAGAAUACGCGGUGGCUUUAGCGUAAAUCAACUGGAAGAGCCUAAGUUGUUUAAAGAAUUAUCCUCAUGCACGAGGUGCUCAACAACUUGUAAGCUUUCCUUUGAAGGGGAAAGAGAUUUGAGGGAAAUCUAACAAAGGAAGAGAAAUGUGGGACGUCAAGUGAGGACCGCGUGGAAGUGAUAGCAAACUAGAUUUGUUAGCUACAAGUAGUUUCUCCCUUUUUUUCCUUUUAACUAUUAGUUAGCUACAAGGAUAUGGAUCUUGUCUUGAUUUUCAAGUUAGUCAAAAGUUCUUCACUGAUGGUUCAUUGUAGAUUUGAGAUAUAGUGCGCAAGUGUGAGGCAACUCUACGUCAAAUUCUGAUCUUAUGCGAACCUCAAUUGUAGGUAUGUGUAAAUUUUCUCUCAAACAGGAGCAGCACAUGCCCAAAAAUAUAAUAUUUAGUUGUUUGUUCAAGAAGAACUCUCUUGUUUUGUGAUAGUAUGAUUUUUUUCUUUUGUGUAUCAUUGUAGUAGCAGAAUAUGGUAAAAAAUUAAAUUUCUACACUUAUCUAGCUUGCAAUUGACAUAUGUGCAACCAGCUUUUCUGUUGCUCGGUUAAUGAACAACCAAGGGUACAGAGGGAUAGAGUAAUGGUUAUGCAGCUAUUGCAUAUUUUGGGAGAUAAAAAGUGGUUUAGUCUGUCCUUCACCUUAAUGGAGAAGGAAAAAGUCUGUAUUUCACUCUUAGUGGUAUCUUGAAAUCUUGAAUUAAAAGUUUUUUUCUUUCUUUCUAUUAUUUCUUUGAGUUUUGGUUGGGUAUUAAGUUGCUUGGUUUAUGAGAUUUUAGGGUAGGUAAGUUGCUUUCUCUUUAUUUGAGCAAUUGGAACAUUGGAAGGCUUUGUUGGGAGAGCCAUGGGAAGGCACAUGAAGAUAUAUAUUAUAUAUACAUAGGAUUUGCUAAAAUAAUCCCACUAGACUUUAUAAGAGAGUAAGUUAGCACUUAACACACUUUCUUUCUUUUAGACAAAAACAUUAUGUGUCUCAUUCUUAAAAACAAUUUCACCUAUUGGGUAAUAAGUAAUUAAACUAUCAUUUUUUUUUCUUCUAAAAUCUGCAUAUUUUUACUUCUCCCCCUUCACCUAGCCUUGCAACCAAUUGUUACUGCUACAUUUCCUAUCUGCCUUAUAAUACCCACUUACAAGGAAGAACCAUUAUGACUUAGUGGUAAAAGCUAAUGUUCCAUCAUCCAUGUCUUCUUGUCAUAAGGAAUUCCAAGCCCAUUUUCUACAUCCUAACCAUGACAAACUCCCAUCUGUUUUUCAGAAAGAUCAUUUUCUACAUCCUACCCAUUUUCUACACCCUAAACCCUAGAUUAAAAAAUUUCUGGAUUUAGUUUGCUAACUUACUCCUUAAAAAUAAGUGGGAUUACAUUAGCAACCCCUAUACAUAACACGUACACACACACACACACCCCAGAGCUUGUUCUAAGAGUGUAUGACCUUGCAAAUGUGCGUUCAAUACCUGAUGUUUUUCUGAACAUGCAAAUGUCCUGCCCCUAUUUUUGUAGCCAGAUCUGCUUGUUCUUUGUUCAACUUUUACGAAGUAUGAAAUUUUGAUUAGUCAGUCUGAAGUAGAAGUGUAGAACAGUGAUUUUGGUGCUUUUCUGUUAGAGUAAUUUUGCUUACAUGAACAACUAAUUAAGAUCUUCUAAAUGGUAUGGAUUAGAGUUUCAUCUCUAUUUUCUAUGACUUGAAGGAGGUUUUCUAGUUUCUAUAAUUUCCUCAAUUUUUUGAAGAUCCACUUGCUUGACUAAUUGGAAUCAAGGCCUAUGAGAUUUGAUACAGGGUAAGUUUCUUCUCAUCAAAUUGGAAUCAGGUAUAAUGAAAUUAUUGAGAUUGUUGUUCUAAUGUCUAUGUAGGAAAAGCAGAACAAGCUGAAGAUCAAUGAAAUAUUUUGAUGCAGUAUGCUUUUCUUCCUUGUCAUAUUUGAUUUCUUUUCUUUCAGCAAUGAUAUAUUUUUCUGGGUAUUCUUUCCUCAUGAGCUUGUGCAUGGAGAGGAGUUCACAUGAGAAUAUGAGAUAUGUCUAACUCUCUGUAAUUGCAUGUCAGUUACAUGAGAUAUGCCUAACUCUGCUCUUGGUUAAUUUUAUGCAAUGUGCUCUCUAUCUUUUCUUUGUCGAUUUCUAUCAGACGGUCUGAAUUGUUUUAUUUAUGCAAAAUUUAAACUUCCUGAUC